AUGAUAAGGGGGGAGGAGGGAGUCGGAUUCCUGGUCAAGGAACACUUGUUUGACGUGGUGGAAGUAGUGGUGAAAACGGAGUUCGAGGAAAGCCUAUGGCUUAAGAUACCUGGGGAGCGGGGUGAGAAAGAUUUGUUUCUAGGGAACGUAUACGUCCCACCGUCGUCGAAGAAAGUCGCAAGCAAGGCGCAGGAGAACUUUGGACAAAUUGGGGAAGAUGUCCAGAGGUUCAGUAGGAAGGGAGUAGUUGUCAUGGUGGGCGAUUUCAACUCCAGAGUAGGGAAAGCUUCCAGUAGAGGACAGGCGAUCGGGCAGCACGGAGAAGACAAAGUGAAUGACAACGGAGUGUUUAUGCUUGAAUUCUUGGGAAGCAACGAACUGGUGGUGUUGAACGGUAGGACGGAAUGCGAUAAGCCGGAGUUCACAAGGCAACGGGCAGUUUGCAAUGAAUACUCAAUCCUCGACUACAUCCUGGUAGAUAGGGGGAGCACACAGAUCCCAGAGCUGCACUAUCGCAUGUGCGGGUUGGGAGAGGAGAGGUUGCCGAGAAUUGUAUGGGAGGCGAAGUGGGCAAACAAAAAGAGGGGUAGACACCCCACGGAAUGGGUCAAGGUUGUAGAGGACGUAUGGAAGGGGCUUGACAUCGAAGAAGAUGAAACGCUGGAGACGGAGGGUCUACAGGGGUUCAAGGAGAAGAUAUCUGUUGCUUGUGCCGAGAGAGAACAGAAUCUAUGGAAAGAAUCCAAGGAUAAGGAGGGUCUAGAAAUGUACGGAAUGUUGAAGGAAGGAAUAGGGUUCAAGGAGUACCUACAUGGACCAAUGGAUGCAGGAACAAAGCUUAAGGUGUGGACCUCGCUUCAGACACGUAGAGGGGGCACGCUAAGCGCAACCCUUACCGGCACGGCGCCGUUUUUCUUCGAAAAACUUUCCUUGAUCUGCGCUAACAGCCAACACGACGGGGGCUCAGAGGCAGCUAGCGUUGUUGGGAAUCCCGGCGCCUCGAGCAGAGCAGCAGCGUCGGCGGUUGACGGUAGCGGGGGGCGAGGAGACGCGAGCGUGGUGGAAACUGGUUGUGGUGAUGGAGGUGGUCGCGUUGACAGUGAGAUAGUGGAGGUGCUUUGCACAGGGUCGUUGUAUGCCGUCGCUGCAGCGCUGAAAGCGUUCGGAGCAGAAGUCGAAUAAGAUGCCCAAGGUGGCGUAGGCAGUAGCGUUGUUCGUGUGUUGCGCUUAUUAUUA